GUAGCUGUACAUUAAGAUACAUUUAAUUUAAGGCUCAUUUUGUAAUGAAAUUUUGCCCCAGUUCUUGUUAAUUGGUGCUGGGAAACAUUUCCCAGAAAUCCUUAGACAUGCAGCUAUUAUACCAAGUGACUGUACAAAUGCCACACUUUUUACGAAAUUUAACCUCCAUCACCACAAUAAAUGUUUUUUGCUACAAAGUUGUUUGCAUGCUAGCUGUACAUGUUUGGAAAUUACAGUUUGAGGAACAAAAAGGGACUAUACAGUCAAAAGGGUAUAAAAUGUGCUGAUAUCAAAAAAAACUUUGGUUUUGGGGGGAAAAUGACACAGUGAAGAACUUGAUGGUUAAAAAAUUGUACUCAGUAGAUAUAUCUUUUCUGCUACAUGUUUAUUGUAUAUAAUUUUCUCAAGAGGAAAAGUCAUAAAAUUUGAUAUGACAGUGUGAUUAAUGAUUGCAGAUCAUAUUAACUUGACAUUUAGGUAUGAUGGUUCGCCCCCUUUAAAGGUGGAAUAUUGCAACUCAUGUUCCAAAGAAAUGGAAAACAAAAAAUCAGAAAUUUCAAGAUUUCAAGAGCUACAAGUCUUAUUUUCUAGAAGUCCAACCAACAAUCAAUUAGCAUUGUCUCGUAGAUGGUACGACAAGUGGCUGAAAUAUGUAAAUGGACAAGCAGAAUACCCAGGUGAGAUAGACAAUUCACGCAUAUGUGACUCAGAUGACAAGAGAUGUGUGGCUAAAUAUGAUCCUUCAGGUAAAAUGUAUAUGAAGGUGUCAGUUGAAAUGUGGAAGUUUCUGCAUGACAAGUACAGAGGCGGCCCUGAAGUGCAUGUGAUCCAACCAAGUGGAGAACCUCAAAGAGGCUACCGAGAACAAAGAUUUCCAAAUUAUUCAUUGCAAGCAAUGUCAUCAAGCCAGCCUGAAGAUGGAAAUCACAGUUUAGAGUUAAAUAAAACAGAACCUGCACUAGAAGCAGAUGGUCGCUGUCAUGUUUCAAACCAGUGGUAUGACAAUACAGACUACACUAAGAACAAAGAAUAUCCUGAUGAUCUCAGCCUUCCCACCAAUACCCAAAGUGACUCAAUGUCUUAUGGCAGAAAAGCACUCAAUUACUUCAAGACCAAGUACGGAACUUUCAGCGCAUGGACUUCUCAACCUGAGCCAGGAACUCGCAGAGAGUUAAUGAUGCACACAGAGACACAUGAUGAUGGAACACACGUGACAAGUGAAGACUCAUUAAAAGAAAUCUGUGUUAGCAUACAUGAGGAAUUUCAACAACUUGGAAAAGAAGCAAAUGAGAGCGAUUUUGUUUAUUGUAUCAAUAAGGAAUGGUGGAAACAGUUUGAAGCAUAUACUGUGGGGAAUGAUGGUACAGAGAAACCAGGCAUGAUAGAUAACAAAUUUAUUGCACGUCAAGUGCAUGAAGCAACCCACAUUGAUGGUGCACUGAGAAUUACUGGUAAACAAUGGAUCCUGCUCAGCAAAAACUUCGGAUCGGAACAACAAGAGCCCGUAAUAAUAAGAAUUAGAUCACAAGAAGGGGAUAUGGAUGUGGACAGUGAGGACCAACCUCACCCAAGUGAUGAGGCAGCCAGUUAAGUUUAGGUUCUAGAAAGUAAAACAGAACUUAUUUGUGGUAAAAAUGUAAGCCCAAAACAGGACUAGAUAUAAGAGAUGUGGUGGAUAUAGAGAUU